CUCAAACUUCACAUCCAGAAAUUUUGCUUAAUCUCCUAAGCUUUUAAAAACAAUAAUCACACUUAUAUGGAAGAUACAUCACAGGCGUUUAUGUCUCAGAGUUACCUUAAUCCUCAAGAAACCACUGCACAGACAACAAAAGAUUAUCUAGCUUCACUUCAUUCGACCAGAAAGCAACCUUCAAAGCCAUUGAAGAGACCUAUAUCAUCGCCUUUGAAUCCCAUGCAUCCACACGUUUACAGAGUCGAGCCAGUAAACUUCAAAGAGUUGGUUCAACGGCUGACCGGUGCACCUGAGCACGAGCCUUUGGCUAACCCGUUCAAGAGUUUGGAUGCUGCUGCAAAGGAGAGUUCUCCAUCAUUCGCGUUUGAUCUAUCAUCGUCAUCUUGGGGAGAUUUAUCACUUCGGAAUCCUGCAAAUAUCUCCAGAUGGUAGCUUAUAUUUCUUUUUCUUUUCUCUGAAGAAAAAAACAUUUUUUUACUCUUGCAGAUGCUUCCUUUGAUUGUAAUGUAACAACAUAGAAAAAUUAUAAAUUAUUAAUAAAAAUGAUCGUUCAAAAAAAUAUCAAUAAAGAAAAUAUAUGUUUUUCUUUUUA